AUGGAGCCUGUGACAUCUAAUAAUAAUAGUAAUCAAGUGGGAACUCCGGUAAAUAUGAAUUCUCCAACACCCGGAAUUUCUGUUAAUAGUAAUAUCAAUAGUCAUUCUAUGACUUCAAAUAACCAUCCUAAUAAUAAUCAACAACCUGCUUCUGCUGUUCGCUCACCAAUUGGAAAUCCUGUAAAUCACCAACUUUCGAGUAACCCAAAUAUUCCUCCUAGUGGUCAGAAUCUAAGUGCACAACAUAGACAACGUAUAUUAUUACAACAAAGGGUAUUACAACAACAAAAGCAACAGCGGGCAUUACAGAGUUAUGAAAAUCAAUUUUUUCAUCUUUUAAAUACGGUGAAUGAAAAACCAAAAAGACUUUAUAAUUUUGUUGAAGAAUCAGAUCACAUUUUAAAAAAAUAUGAGCAAUAUAGACCUAGCUUCGAAUUUCAUAUUUAUGAGAAUAAUUAUAAGAUAUGUGCACCUGCAAAUACGAGAGUACAACAACAACAAAAAUCUCCUGAAAUUAAUAGUGACGGUCUCAUAUUGAAUAAAAACAAUGAUACUUUAAAAGAAUUUUUAGAAUUUGUAGCAAGAGGAAGAAUUCCAGAAGCAAUAAUGGAAGUUUUACGUGAUUCAAACAUUCAAUUUUAUGAAGGCAAUUUAAUUCUACAAGUUUAUGAUCACACAAAUACUGUGGAUAUCAUUUUAGCACAGCCAAAUAGUAGUGCUAAUGCACGUAUCAAUACUAAUAAUAAUAGUAAUAAUAGUAACAAUAAUUCUACUGCUAGUAGUAAUAGUACUAGUAAUAGCAAUAACAAUAACAAUAAUAGCAAUAAUAAUAAUAAUAAUAAUAAUACUAAUAGCAAUACUAAUAAUAUUGGUAAUAAUACUGGUAAUAACAAUAGUAGCAUAAACGAUAAUAACACGCCGACUCAAACAUCAAACGCUCUGUCUCAGGCUUCUCAAACUAAUAGUACACAUAAUACAAAUAAUAAACUAGAUAAUAACUCCAAUUCUUCUACUCCUUCAAACACAGACUAUAUUACAGAAAAUAGUAAGAUUAAUUCCACAUCUACUAAAAAGUUACUAGAUAACGAUAUUAAAUCUCCUGAUAGCGAGUUAUCUUCCUCCAAUGUGGAUGCCACUGUUGCGCUAUCAAAAAAUACUCCAAAGCAUGCGACCGAUAAUGUGUCCUCUGAAAAAUCACCAAUACCUGGGACUACAAGUAAGUCACCUCAACCUGCCAAGGUAACAAUGCCAUCUACAUUUAAGAGGCCAAGAGUUUAUCGUACUUUGUUAAGGCCAAAUGAUUUAACCAACUAUUAUGAUAUGAUGUCAUAUGCAGAUUAUACUAGAUUUUCUGAUGCCAUAUACCAGCAGCUGGAAGCUGAAAUUUUGUCAUUGACAAAAAGGAAUCUUUCUCUGGAUGUUCCAAUGAACCCCUAUCAGUACAAAAAUUUAUUAGAUCCUCAUUCAUUUUCAGAACCCACUUGGAAUGAAGAUAAAAAAUGUUUAAAACAUAACCAUAGAGAAUUAUCAACAAGGCCAGGUAGUAAAGAUGUUGUUGGUCAUGUUGAACAGCAUGAAGAAUUUGCACAACAUACUUCUAAUUAUGAACAAAUGAUGUUAAUUUUAAACGAACGAACAACAACAUCAACUAAUUCAACUUUUACUGUUGCGUUUACCAAGCAAGCUCUUCAAAAUCCUUUAAAUGGAGAUAAAUAUAAUAAAGGAAAUGCAAAUUCUAUUGAUAAUGAAGACAGUGGUAAUGAUGUUAAUACUGAUGGAUCAGAUGGUCAAAUUGCCCUUGCAGCAGCGGCUGCUGCUGCUGCAGUGAAUGCAAAUAUUGGUAAUGAUAAUAACCAGUUCAGCCGAUUAAAAUUUAUUGAACAAUGGAGACUGAAUAAGGAAAAAUCAAAACAACAAUCUUAUGGGAAUUCACAAGCACAGCCACCGAGGUCAUUUAAUUCUACAAUAUCGAUGAGUAAUUCAUUCACCUCUCAGCAGCAGCAAAUUAUGGAGCAACAACAAGGUCAACGACAACAAAACUAUUCACAAAACCAGGGACAACAAAAUCAGCUUCAACAACAAUUACAGCAGCAGCAGCUACAGCAACAACUUCAAUUGCAACAACAAUCGCAAUCGAAGGGUCAGGUUAAGGUAGGUGUGAAGCGAGGUGGAUCAAGCAAUAGCACUUCAAAUCCUAAACCAAAAAACCAAGAAAACCUACAAAAAAGGUGGACACUGAUGCACCAAAGAAGAAACGCCAACCAAAGAAGAAACAAACUCCAGCACAAUCACAAGUUUCUACACCUGAUAUAUCUUAGCUAG